UUUCUUCUUUCUUAUUUUCUUAGAGAGAGAGAGAGGGAGCGCGAGUGAGAGAGAGAGGAUGGCUGAAAACUUGGAACCACUUGAGCCCGAGGUGGGAAAUUGGGCAUAAUUCGUUUACCUUGCUUAGGUUAAGAGGAUCAAGAGGGAGGACAAUAGCAUGGGUACAAAUGUUCUUUUGUCCGAUGCACAAGAUGCUGCUGCAGUCAAUGAGAAAAGAACUGUUUUCGUAUGGGACAUGGAUGAGACCCUUAUAUUGUUGAAGUCUUUGUUGGAUGGCACAUAUGGGAAGUCCUGUGAUGGUGCAAAGGACAUCGAAAAAGGAGUGGAAAUUGGGAAGUGCUGGGAGAAACACAUUCUCCAAGUCUGUGAUGAAUACUUUUUCUACGAACAAAUUGAGGAAUUCAAUGAGCCUUUUGUUGAUUCUUUGAGUGAGUAUGAUGAUGGUAGGGAUCUCUCAGCUUAUGAUUUCAGCAAGGAUGGGUUUAGUCAACCUUGUGAUGAUGCCAACAAAAGGAAACUUGCAUACCGGUACCGUGUGAUCGCCCAGAAGUAUGCACAGGUGUUGGGUUUGCACUGUGUUCUUGACCAAGAAACAUUGAAGCUUUGGGAUGAUCUCUAUGAUUUGACUGAUGACUUUACAGAUAAAUGGCUUUCAUCUGCACGGGCCCUCUUGGAGCAAUGUUUGGAGGGGGACUUUUUCUCGAGUUCUGCUUCCUUCCAUUCAAGUUCCACAACCAGUUCAUGCCAUAAGAAAGGCGAAAAAGUGAAUGUUUUGGUUACAUCUGGAUCUCUAGUCCCCAGUCUUGUUAAAUGCUUGCUCUUUCGUCUCAAUGGUUCUAUACCAUAUGACAACGUUUACAGUUCAUGGGAUGUGGGGAAGCUCCAAUGCUUUUCAUGGAUCAAAGAGCGAUUUGGGUCCACGGCUUCUCAAUUCUGUGUGAUCGGCAAUGGCUCAGAGGAGUGUGAGGCUGCCAAGGCCAUGGGCUGGCCAUUUGUGAUGAUUGAUCUACAGCCUGGAUGUUGGCACAGGUUUCCAGGUCUAUCUCUAAAAACAAUCAAGCAAUAUAUUGAUGUUGUGUACCCUGAGGAAACAAAGGAUGAGAGCUGAUAAAUUUAUAUCUUCCCCUUCUCGAUAUGUCGUAAGCAACGUUUUGAACAGUUAAAAAGUAGGAGUGUGUUCAUAAAGCAGUUUCUUUCUUUUUCAUUUGUCACGUAGUUUUAGAUUCUUGCCGGUGUGAGGUGCAGAUGUUCUUCUAAGAAGUAGUAUUUGUUAUGUUGGGGUCAUUUAAUUUUUGUCUUUCAAUUGAUAAUUCUUGUCUUUAUUGUAACAUAUGGAUUAUAUGUUGACUUUACCAUAUUUACAUGGGUAUCUAUUCAUAUUGCUUGACAAAA